CGACAACCACACAUGAAAUUUGGUGUGAGAAAAGAAAUCCGUCAUGCUUGUACAGCGAUUAUUCUAUUGAUCACGAUUGCUGUUGAUUACACUGUAUGUUUUGUCUAAGGCUACUCUUUAUCUUUAUCCUUCGUCACUAUCGUCUUACCCGCGACACCUCUGAUAACAACAAAAAGUUAGAAUUUUACAUCACCAAAUAGGCUAGCUGCUAAUGAUUGUAGUGCUUAGUUUAUUAGUACAGUGACAGUGAUAUACAUUAUGGACAAGAGUGAAAAGAGAGAAAUUCCACCAAUGUUAAGAACAAUAUUAAACCUUGACAAACUGUUGACACAAAGUUUUGUCAAGUAUGUAGAGUACAUAAUGCCAAUGAAACGAUUAAAAGUACAUCACACGGCAUUGGAGGUAUCAUGCCAUGGGAUAGUUUGGCUAGCAUCGUUGCUAGCACUUAUUUGGAUUCUAAACAAUGCCAGAUUGUUUCAAAUGCAAGUCAAUUUGAUCAUAGCUCUUACACUAGAUAUCAUUAUUAUCGGUGUACUAAAAGCAUUCACAAGACGAAGAAGACCAGCAGAAGACCUUAGAACCUUUGGUCCUGACAAAUAUUCGUUCCCGUCAGGUCAUGUUUCUCGCGCGAUGCUCAUUUUUUACUUCUUCAAGUACCUGUGGCCAAUCUCUGAUAUCUAUGUUACACUAUUGUUGCUAUGGGUCGCCACUCUAUUUUUCUCCCGAGUCUUAAUGAGGAAACAUUAUCUUCUCGACGUUACUGCAGGAUUAUUUAUAGGCUACGCGGAAGGACUGUUCAUGAGUCUUAUCUACUUAGAUGCCAAGACCUGUGCGAGUUUUGUUUCCUGGAUAACUGACGAGAAGAUGGAAGGCGCCGAGUAUGACGUUUAAAAAUUAAUUUAUUUUUUACAUAUGCGACGUGUUGAAUGAAACUAAGAUACUUAGUUGUUUUAUCUUAUUUCGUAUGAACUAAAUUUUUACUAUAACUCGACUUUGAAUUAAAUCGUACGCUAUGAUACCAAAAAGGGAGGUGUAGAACGUUCUUAUCGUUGUGAUGUUCAUGUUGAGACUGACAACGGAAAUAUUGACGCGUACAAUUAUUUUUGUGGGAAUACUAAUGGAGUAAGGGAAGUUACAAGUAUAUGAUUUUAAGGAGAACUGUGAAGGGAAUGAUCACAUUAAAUAAUACAAUUAUGCUAAAAUAAAUUGUAAUAUUUUAUAUA